AUGGACCAAACAAGUUUAAGAAAGUUGGCACUCUGGGCUAAUGAAAACUGUCUACCUAAAAUCUUAAGGGUAAAUAUAAAUAUUAGUGUGAAUCUCAUGUAAACGAGCUAUCCUGGAUCCCUGAUAUAGCAAUCAAAUCAAAGGCGCUGGUGGAUUAUGGAAUUGUGAAAGCAGAAAUGAUAGAUUUAGAGAGAGCAAGACUUCUUUAUUAUGUAGCAUUUGCAUAUCAAGGCUUUCCAAGUGAAAAUAACUGCAAUGAAUCUCCAUUUGGACAAAUAGUGAGAGUGGCUGAGGUACUUAACAAGUAGAUCGAAGAUCCUUUGCUACCUGAACUAAGCACUUCUCAAGAAAUGUUAGUCCCUGGGACUGUUAUAUAUGCUCUCGUCAUUUGUCACUCCAAAGAAGAUUGUGAUAUUUCAAUAGGCUCCGAUUCUUUCUUUAAAGAACUCACGACUAAUUAA